GUGACAAGUUCACACGUGGGGAGAACGCUAACAUCCACCAGCAUGGCUGCGUGCAGUGUAGAGGAGGUGCUGGCUAAAGCCGAGCAAGAAGAGGCCGAAAAACUCAAAAGUAUCGCCGUCCAGAAGGAGCUCGACCUGGAGUUUGACGUUGGAAACCUGCUGGCAUGCGACAAAAACCGCGUCGACUCCCGCGAGUUCAAGGAGCAGAAGAAAGAGGAGUUUUUAGCCUCGUUAGCCCGGGACAACACGCAGCUCCUCAUCAACGAGAUAUGGAAACAGCCCACGGAGAGGAUCGAGGAGGCGAUAGUGGCCAAGCUGCCCGACCCGGCCACCCCCCUGCCCAGGGAGAAGCCUCCUCCGAAGCCCAGACCUCCGACCAAAUGGGAGGAGUUCGCCAAGCUGAAGGGCAUCCAGAAAAAGAAGAAGACGAACCUGGUUUGGGAUGAUGUCGCGAAGGAGUGGAGGCGGCGCUGGGGCCACAAGAGGGUGAACGACGGCACCAAAGAGUGGCUCAUCGAGGUUCCCGAGACCGCAGACCCCAAUGAGGACCAGUUUCAGAAACGCAACAAGGCCAAGAAGGAGAGAGUGGCGAAGAAUGAGCUGAACAGAUUGAGGAACAUCGCCAGGGCGCAGAAGGUCAAGGUGCCAGGUGUGGGGCUGACUCCCACGGCACAGCAGUCCAAAUCUGACCUGGCCAAAGCUGCGAGUGUCGCCAAAACCUCCACAGCGUCAGUGGGGAGAUUCCAGGACCGCCUGCCCAAGGAGAAAGCCCCCAGGAACACAGGCAAGAAGAGGAAGUUUGAACCCCUCAUCGGUGACUUUUCCAGUGAGAAGCAGAGGCAGCUGGACCUCCUGAACGUCAUGGACAGCAAGAGGCCCAAGAUCGACAUCACCAAGGCUGUCAACAAGCAGAUGAGAGAGGAGGACAGGGAGCAGGCUGCAGCCAGGUUCAAAAAGGGUGCAGGGAAGAAAGGAAGGAAGGGCGGCUUCUCGGGAAAAGGAAAGGGUGGGAAAGGGAAAGGUAAAGGUGGUAAAGCUGCUGGUGGUGGUGGAGGAGGAGGAGGAGGAGGAAGAGGCGGUGGAGGAGGAGGAGGAGGAGGAGGAAAGAAGCGCUCCAAGCCUGGGAAGCGCUGAGGAUUCAAAAUUCCCAUCAUCCUGCCUCUACAUCUACAAGUGCCUUGUCAUCAAAGCAUUGAACUGGACACAUGCAAAGUGAAUGACUCUCUGUUUUCGCCCAUGGAGAGACGAACUGUGAUGCGGCUGUCAGUGUUGUCAGUGUAUAUUUUCACUGUAUGCAAGGAGGGACUUGAAAUUUGUGACUGUAAAUAUUGGCCCCAGUGCUGAUGAAGGCCAAUUAACAUUCUUUAUUUGUGGUGUAAUGUUAAUGAUAAACAUUAUGAUGGGUGUUGCAGCCCAAAUUAAAAUCUGAAUCAGA